GGUUCCCCUGGGCACAGACCGGGCUGCAGUGGUAGGUGAGAUGGAAACCACCUUCAUUGAGAAUCUCAGAUACGCUGCUGACCUCCUGUCCCAGGUAGGUGGGGAAUGGGUCUUGCUUUGUGUGUGAAGCUCUUAGGAUACCCAAGAUGGGGAAUACCUCACCAGCAUGGCAUGGGGAAGUUAUGCUUCCUGCUGCAGAGAUGUCAGGAUGCUCCGCAGGGUGACAUUGCUGUGUUACAGGAAAACAUGAUUGGACUGUUGGAGCCUAUUAACAACCGCAUCACUGACCCUCGCUACUAUCUGAACACGCCACACCAAGCUGCUGCCAUCCUGGAGAAAGUGGGACGGCCCAACCUGAAGCUGCAGCUGGACCUUUUUCACUGCCAGAUCAUGGAUGGCAAUUUGUCACGCAAUCUGGAGACGUACUUCCCACUCAUCGGUCAUAUCCAGAUUGCACAGGUACCAGGGCGGCACGAGCCCGAUAGCCCUGGGGAGCUGAACUUCCCCUACAUCUUCGAGCUCCUGGAGUCCCUUGGCUACACUGGCUACGUGGGGUGUGAAUAUGCUCCAAAGGGAGACACCCUGGAAGGUUUGGGCUGGCUGCGAUCCUACUGGGAAAGCCGAGGGCUGCAGCAUGGUGGGACCAGCAAGGCAGCCAAGUAAAACUAGAAAACCAUGAGAAUAAAAGACAAAGCAAUGGCUUAACAGAG